AUGGCUCGGGUGUUCGUGUACGGGACCCUGAAGAGAGGCCAGCCCAACCACAAGGUCCUGCUGGACCCCGCCAACGGCUGUGCCGCCUUCCGCGGCCGGGGCCGCACGCUGGAGCCUUACCCCUUGGUGAUCGCCGGCGAACAUAACAUCCCACGUCUGCUCAACCUCCCGGGGCACGGGCGGCUUGUGCUCGGCGAGAUCUACGCCGUGGACGAGCGGAUGCUGAGCUUCCUCGACGAGUUUGAGGGCUGCCCGGACAUGUACCAGCGCACCCCGCUGCAGGUCACCGUCCUCGAGUGGGAAGGCGCGCGCGGGGUGCCCGAGGAGGCGCCGGCCGCCGACGGGACCCUGCAGUGCUUCGUGUACAGCACGGUCACCUACGCACCCGAGUGGGUCCGCCUGCCGCACCACGACGACUACGACUUCCUGGGGGAGCACGGGCUUCGCUACAAUCCGCGGGAGAACAGAUGA